AUGCCUGAGGUUGCAGCUGCGGCUAAGGAUGGUGCGUCUCACAAGGUGUCAAAGCAGUCGCUGACUAAAGUCACCAAGAAGCCGCCCAAGAAGUGGAGGAAAUCUCGCAAGCAGAGCUAUUCCACUUACGUGUAUAGGGUGCUGACCCAGGGCCACCCUUCCAUCAGGAUCUUGUCCAAGGCCAUGAGUGUUAUGAAUUCCUUCAUUAUCGACAUUUUCGAGCGCACCACCACCAAGGCUUCGCACCUCAUUCACUACAAGCACCACACCAGCUCGGCCAGGGAGAUCCAGAGCACCAUCCACCUCAUGCUGCCAGGGGAACUGGCCAAACAUGCCGUCUCUGAAGACAUCAAAGGUGUCACCAAAUAG